GAAAGAAAGCAAAUGAUUGUCCAGGUGGAAAAAUCUGGUAUCAAGUUUUACGAUCAGUCUGGAGUAGCACACGAAGCCUCCUCUGAUGUAUCUCUUGAGCCAAUGGCCAUUCUCACAGAAGGGGACGCUACAGUUUUGAACAUGGACAACGAAAUGAUACAGAUUAAAGACAUAGUUAAUAUGGAUGUCUCAUCAAUUGCUUUCAGCCCUAAGAAGUCAUACCUAGUAGCAUGCUGCAAGCCAGUAGAAGGGCAAAACAACCUAUUUAUACUUGACAAGGAUAUAAAAAUAGUUGCAGAACACUUGUGGAAGGGUUCAUCAGUUGAUGGUUGCAAAAACGUUUCCUGGGGCAACGAUGAAAAGUAUAUGGCAAGAAAAGACACACCCAGCUCCAAGAGCGUUUACGUUUACGAAGUUGCAGAGUCUCUCCAGAAAGAGGUUGGCAUCAUCACUGUCGAGAAGAGAGUCAACAACUUUGAAGUAGCCCCACAUGGAGGAAGUGAAGAUAAACCUCAUUUCCUAGUUGUAGGAACUUGAGGUGAAACAUCUAGUUUGACAAGAUUUUAUCAACUACCUAACUUUGAAAAGGAAAAAUUUAAAAACUUGUCCAGAGGAGGCCAAGAAAUUAAUUUCGUGUUUGCUCCAGACGGUCAUGCAGUUAUUAUUUGGGCCUCCUUUGAUGUUGACAGCACUGGCCAAAAUUACUAUGGCCAGCACGACCUUAGAUAUGUGCAACUAGGUGGGGGAAACAAGCGUUCAAAAGUUGCUGUCUUUGAUAGCCAGGUCUCUGAUGUUGCUUGGUCUCCAGACUCUCAAGACUUCAUCGUAAUUUCUGGAAAGCAACCAGCUGUUUGUACCCUUUACAAUAAUAAUUGUAUUCCCACUUUUGAAUUCGGUAGAAUUCAUGCAAAUACUAUUAGAUACUCUCCAUUUUCAAACCUAGUGCUGCUAGGCGGGUUUGGAAAUCUAGUUGGUGGAAUACAAAUUUGGAAUAAAGAAAAUUUAAAACUCAUCGGAAAGAACAAGGCUCACUGUACAGUUGUGUGUGAAUGGUCCCCUGAUGGAUCACAAAUUUUGACGGCAGUCACCCACCCAAGAGUCAGAAUCGAUAAUGAACUCAAGCAAUUCACCUACUAUGGGAAACAGAUCCAACACAGAAAAAUUGAUAACACAGACGCUCUGUUUUUCGCUGGAUGGCAGCCUCAUGACAUUUCUGAGUUCACUAAAAUCGAAGUUCCCGAAGAUUUUGAGGAGUAUGAUCCUGAAACAGAUCCUGAAGAGCAAGAGAAGCCAAAGCCUGCUGCAAAAAGAGGCAGACUUGUCUUCCCAAGAUCAACAGCUUUCAGUAGUAUGAUGAGAAACGAAAUGAAUUCAGUUGCUACUCAAGGUCCAAGGAAGCUGAAGAAAGAUGACUACAAAGAGUACAUGCUGGAAUCUGUUGAGGAAAAGAAUGCUCUCAAAGCAAAGCCAAAGCCAAAAGCUAAGGUUGCUCCCAAAAAUUCGUGGAGAAGGAGCGGAGGAUUUGAGAUUCCUUCAAAAGAAGACCAAGAAGCUGAAAAUAAAAAGAAGGAAGAAGAGGAAAAGAAACUAACUCCAGCACCUGUAGAAUAUAGAGCUCCCCCUCCUUCUCAAAAGAAGGAACAAAAUCUCAACGAAAGAAAUCAGCAAAGCAAAAAUAAGAAGAGAAGAAACAGAAAUAAAAAGAAGAAGAAUCAAGUUAAAGGAGGACCUCAAAAUGCUACUCCAGCACCUGCACCAGCUCCUUCUGCUUACCAAGGUCAUGGAUAUUACAACCAGAAACAAGACUUUAAUUCCCAAGGUUACUACGAGGAGGGAUAUGGGUAUGAUCAAAACUAUGAUUACUAAAGCAUCUCGUAUCUUCUGU